UUUCCUAGUAAAAGACGCCCACUCUUUGGCUCCUCGCCUCCCUCCUCCCCUCCGUCUCAUCUCCUCCCUGUAGGCUGUAGGAGCAUUCGUGUGUUCACCUUUUGCUCCCCCACGUUGAUCCUUGACCCUCGUACUCCUUUCUUGAUUCCUUCUCCGUGGGAUCUCUUGCCAGGAGUAACCUGCCCCGUGUCCGCGCUCGCACUCGCACAGACAUGCUUCUUGCCGCGUCUUGAAAGGGGAGAAAGUGAAGAUGGGUGCUUGCGCUUCAGUUCACAAGGACCCGGGGUACCCCAAGGAGCAGUUUCUUGACUCGCCCACCAAGGCGGAAGCUGCAAACGAGAAGGGCGGCUGCGGCGGCGGUGACGAUGACUUUGCUGAUUUCAAGUCCAAGGUCGACGCUGAGCAGCAGCGGGCAGAGUUGAACCCCAAGAGCCCGGAUUCUGGUAGCAAGGAUGAAGUGUUCUUCGAAUCUCGAGCUUGGUUAGAUUCCGACUGCGAGGAUGACUUCUACAGCGUGAAUGGAGAUUUCACUCCAUCUCGUGGCAGCACACCCAUCCAUCAGCCCAGAGCGCAGACGGUGAUGAGCAACAUCUUUCAACCAGACACGCACGGUUCCAAAUCACCGGAGCCUUCUCCAACUGGACGGAGGAAGCUAGCUGAGCUCCUGCAGGAGGCAAUGCAAAACGGCCCCGAAGAAAGCACCGACCAGGAGCUGCAGUUGCGGUCUGUUGCCGCAGAUGGGAAGCCGGUGUCUGAAUCCACAUCCAGCUCCGCUUGCAGCACUGUGACGACUCCGAUCGCAGUCGCUAACGCCAAGAGCCGGAAGGAGAAGGCGUGGUACACCGGACGCUGUUGCCUGCCGAGCUUUGUUCAUAGCCUGACCUUAGAUGAGAGUGAGAGGGCGCAGAAGAUGAGCUCUAGGCCAUGUGCUGUUUGACAGUGGGGCUCCAGUGCCCUCACGGCUCAUGCCCUGAGCUAUACUGUAAAGGAGAAGUAUUAAGAGUACUGUAUGUAUAGAGAGAGGGUAAUCAAGUGGAUAAUAGCUACUAGUUAAAUGCUCUGCACACCAUGUUUAUCAAUUGCCCUUACCUGUGUAUAUAUAUCUAAUCGAAUCUCAAAUGUCAACAGCCAGCUGAGCUGUCCUCUUGGCACUUGCAUUU